UGUCCUCAGACUUUCCCCGUGUUUGGUUUACUUGGGCAGCAGAAAAGGGUGGGACUUGGAGCGGGAAGGCUGCUGGGAGACGGUUCUGUCUGUGGAGGCAGAAAUACUCGGCAUUCCGCUGCCUUUUUUUUCUAACGCAAGCAGCGAAAAACUCAGCCUGCACAUUCCCAGCUUUAGCCUAGCCGCGAAGGGAACCGUUAGCUGCACCGACAAUGGCUUCGUCUCCUCAGAAGUCCCCUUCAUCUCCCAAACCCCCGACCCCGAAGUCACCACCCUCGAGGAAGAAGGACGACUCCUUUCUCGGCAAACUUGGAGGGACUUUGGCGAGACGGAAAAAGGCGAAAGAAGUUUCUGAGCUCCAAGAAGAGGGCAUGAAUGCAAUCAACUUGCCCCUGAGCCCCACCCCUUUCGAGCUGGACCCCGAGGACACCAUGUUGGAGGAGAAUGAAGUCCGCACCAUGGUUGAUCCCAACUCCAGAAAUGACCCCAAACUCCAAGAGCUGAUGAAGGUCCUCAUCGACUGGAUCAAUGAUGUUUUGGUAGGCGAGCGGAUCAUUGUCAAAGAUCUGUCCGAAGACCUUUAUGAUGGACAGGUUCUUCAGAAGCUCUUUGAGAAGCUGGAAGGAGAGAAGCUCAAUGUUGCUGAGGUGACACAGUCUGAGAUCGCCCAGAAGCAGAAACUUCAGACAGUUCUGGAAAAGAUCAAUGACACCCUUAAAGUGUCCUCCAGGAACAUCAAAUGGAACAUUGACUCGGUCCACGCUAAGAGCAUAGUGGCCAUACUUCACUUGCUGGUGGCCCUGUCUCAGCACUUCCGAGCUCCGAUCCGUCUCCCAGACCACGUGUCCAUUCAAGUAGUAGUAGUCCAGAAACGCGAGGGCAUACUCCAGUCUCGGCAGGUCCAGGAAGAAAUUACUGGCAACACAGAGGCACUUUCUGGAAGGCAUGAGCGUGAUGCGUUUGACACCUUGUUCGACCACGCACCAGACAAGCUGAAUGUGGUUAAAAAAACUCUCAUCACGUUUGUGAACAAGCACUUAAACAAGCUGAAUCUGGAGGUGUCUGAGCUGGAUACGCAGUUUGCUGAUGGUGUGUACCUGGUCUUGCUGAUGGGACUCCUGGAGGGGUAUUUUGUUCCUCUCUACAGCUUUUUCCUCACCCCUGAAAAUUUUGAACAUAAGGUGCACAAUGUUUCUUUUUCUUUUGAGCUGAUGCAAGAUGGAGGUUUGGAGAAACCAAAGCCCAGGCCAGAGGACAUUGUCAACUGUGAUCUAAAGUCCACUUUACGGGUCCUCUACAACCUCUUUACCAAAUACAGGAGCGUGGAAUGAACAGAAGACCUGCACAAGACAUCAUCGUUCCACAUCUCUAAGCGACCAAAGAGCAGAUAUCCUUAUCAGUAUUACAUGAGGUUAUUUUAAUGUGUAGAUGAGCUUUUUCUACAUGUCUUGAAGUGUGGUCUGUAUUUAUUCAGCAUUUUAUAAAACUCAUUUUUCAAAAUUAUAUGCUUUUUAUUUUAAUUUGUCAUUGUAAUACAGACAGCUGUGAAGGAUUGACAGCGGAGCUAAGUAUUAUUGUGUUUUUUGUGUCAUUCUUAUUGUCUUAUUGCGUCUGUUGAUCAGCUGUUAUUGUAAUAUUUUAUGUCACCUCGUUGGAUUUUUUGGCGUUGUUUGGAGAUAAUAUCAAGCCGAUUUGAAAUCCAUGUCAAUAUAUUCUCAUUUAAGAGAGAUUACUAGAGGUGCUGUAGGAUCUGCUGUUGAAGUAUUUCGUUUGACGCGACAGAAAAAUUCCAAAUGUGCAUUUGCUCAUAUUUUGCGAAGGAAAUCAUUAAGGUCAAGCUUUGUAUCAAAUUAUGGAAUGGAGUUCUGUUACAGAGUAGCCAGAGGUUCAAGGCGUCUCUGAAGUAAACAGACCAAAUUAAGUGGUUCAAACUUCGGACAUUGUGUUGCUGAGCCGGAUUGAAGGUUUUCCCGUUUAUACAAAAACGUCUAUAGAUUGGAAGUAAACGACAUAUGAAAUUGCUUUCUUUUAACCCUCCCGCCCAAAGGGCAGUCACAGAAUUCAGACCGCGCGGCGAGGAUUGCUACUAGUUUGAGAAUGUAAUGUGGGUGUUCGGGAAAAGAAAAUGGAUUCCCUUGUGCGGUUUAAUUUGAAGGUCGCAGCAAUCGUUUGUUUCACUGUUGAGGCUUGAAUGCGGUCUGCGGGCCCGCUGGGCCCGGGGAAACGCGAAUUCCUGUCUUUCAAACGGCUCUCACUCUUCUUAUUAACCAUUAAUCAUUUUAUGCGAGCGUUCUGCGUGUACUUUUGGAGGAGGCUGGAUAACAGUAAAAAAUAAAUUGAUCUCAGCGUCUUAAGUUGCUGACAAAGCGGCGCAAUCACACUUAAUAACUUUGGUGACAAAGUGGCAUUUAUUUAACCUUCCCCAAAAAAAGGCUUGCUAAAAGGCAGAGUAGUGUUUAAUUUAGUGGCUGAGACGCGUGGCGGUCAGCUGCCACGUCCCUGAUGAAAUUUGUGUUUGGUCGCGGCCCUCGCGUUGACAUGAAUGGUUCCUUCGAAGGCUGGGAGUCGUGAAAAGGAGAGGGCACAUUUUUUCCUGCAUGUAAUGUCAUACAGCUCGACGGUGCACAAUUAUACCUGACAAGGUUACAAUAGAGGCUCCGGGGGAUAAUUGAAAGUGUGGCUCUGGAUCUUUUAGGCCGCGUCGUGUUCGUCCCGUUCCCUUGAACAAGCCGUCGGCUGUGUAUUUUCUAAUUUGCGGCAACUUUUUACUUUUGGCUCAGGCGAGUGACAAGCGAAGGGACUUAAUUAAGCAGAGUGAAAGAAAGAGAGACGCCCUGCACUUGAUGCACACAGUGCAAAGAGUUGCACACAGACUCGAACGUGGACUCACGCAGAAUCAAACGUGGACACAGCUAGCCUGAGCGAAUUGCAGGUUUUGUCUGUUUGUCGGCCAGCUUUUUUUUCAUGCCUCCAAAUUGCAGACUUUUAGCGCGUGGUGGAACAAAACAGACCAUCAAAUGAGGCGUUUGUGAAAAAAAUCUGUCAUAUUCUGUGGGCGCGCAUUAAGGGCCGGUGUUAAAUGUGAAAUUUGGCGCGUUUAGGGGCAGUCGCUGACAAUCGCCUUUCGAUAAAAACCUUUGUUCUGCCGCAUUUUCUGCCAGCCCCAUUAUGACUGGAACCAGGAGGAUUAAGAGAGGAGUGCGACUUCAUCAGAGAGAGCUGCCUUUGAGAGGGUAAAAUAACAGCAAUGACCACCUGUGUAAUCGAGCGUCCAGCGCUAAAGGUGUCCUGAAUAGCGACGUUCCCUGCCAUUAAGCGGAGCAGCCGCAAUUACCUUCCCCGGCGCUUCCUGCUUAGCCGUCCCUUCAUGAUAUCAAACAGGCUCGGGAGCUUGAUCUCCAGCUCUGCUCAGUCUCAACUGCUGUUUACUCGCUCAUACAAAAGGGGACGGAGACAGGCCGCUCAAACAGCUGGUAAAUGCUCGGCUCUGCGACCGGCGAGCGCCUUAGCCGAGCCGUUAUUGAUUUGUACUAAAGAUUCUGGUCAUUACGAGUAAUUGAUUCCUCCAUCGUGUACUCUUAGCAGUGUCUUUAGAAGACUAUUAACAUGCCUCGGGCAUUCAUUUACACCAGAGAAUGCUUUUUCCUGCAUUGAUUAGAGCGUCCUGCCCCUGCUAUUAAAAUUUUCUAUAAAUGACUAACAUGAAGGAGGAAAAAAAUGGGAAUAGGAUUUUUGAGGGAUGGAAAUGUUCAUAUUUUGGUAUAUGGCUGCAUAUAUAGAUGAAAUGUGUGCAUAGCUAAUAUGUAGUUACUAUUACAUGUCAUUGCAACAGUAACUACCACUGCGUGUGGUUACCAGCACAUGCUAUGUACUCAGAAGACACCAUUUUAAUCACUGACUGUUGCCUUUGUGCCAUGUUUAACACCCCUUUGCCACUAAUGUAAUCUGCUCUAGCAUCUGGUCUUAAUCUCAUUUAAAGGAUCAGUUAUGCCAAAAUCUGUAUGUCGCUAUAAGACACCUUGGCCAGACUCUGAACUGGUAACACAGUUUGCUAAGUCUAUGUGAUGCACUAUGCUAUUUUAUCAAAAAUAAAAAGGUUUUGAGUAA